AUGACAUCGCUUGGUGAUACUGACAACAUAUUACUCAGCAUUUCACCAGAUGAAGUUAACGAUUUUCUCGGCGAAUACACCUGGGAAGGUAAAUGGGAAAAUGUUAUAAUGUUAUACUACGAAUUUCCCGAACAAGCUCAUACAGCAAUUAUCUCUGAUUCAGAUGGUACUGCAUUACAUGUAGCGAUAGAUUUAGACGAAGAAACCGUCGUUAAAGAGCUUGUGAAUGCUAUUUUGACGCACCAUAUCGAAGUUAGUGAUCAGAGUCAGAGAGUUGAAGCUUUGGAAAUGGAGAAUGAACGAGGUGACACGCCGUUGCAUUUUGCAGCGUCGCGAGGUUUUGCUAGAUUAUGUAAGUGUAUUAUUGGAGGAAAUAAGGAGAGAAUAUAUUUGUUGAGUCGUAAAAAUAAACACGGCGAGACACCUCUUUUUCAAGCUGCUGUUAAUUGGAGAAAACAAACUUUUGCUUAUCUUGCUCAUAUUUCUAAAGAUAUAGUCAAUUUGCAAGAUCUUGUUAGAGAUGAUGGUGAUAGUAUUCUUCACACCGCUAUCCGAGGAGAAUAUUUCGAUUUAGCUGUGAUAAUCGUACAAUACUACGAUUUUCUGAGCACGCAUUUGAACAAAGAGGAAUCAACUCCUCUCAAAGUUCUUACAACUAGACCUUCCGCGUUCAAAAGUGCAAGCAACCUUUCGUGGUAUAAGCGAAUCCUAUACCAUUGUAUAUUAGUGGAACCACUCGAUGCGGAGAGAACAAUGAGAUCGAAUUUGAGAAAGAUGGAGGAUCGUUCGGAUUGUAAUAAGAUGAAGAUUCCAGAGAACUAUACAGCUUUCUAUGAUUUGGUUUCUAUAUGGUUAGGUGCAACAAUAUUUGGAAAAAAGUUUUGGAAAAAGAAACAGCCCGACACGGAAGAUCCAUCAAACGAAAAUCGUCGUCCGGUUAGAUCAGAGAAAUAUCCUGUUGGGUAUUUGCCACCAAAUUAUGAAACAUUUCAUCAAUUUGUCAAGUCUGCAUAUGUGCAUACUCUUGGCCUAUCAGGAGUAGAGUUAAAGGACGUAAAGAUUGCGAAAAAGAAGCAUCAAUGGAGUAGUCAGCUGUUGAAGGCUUUAAUGAAAAGACCUUACGCAGCAUUCACGGGAAGUGGAGGCCGACCAACGGAUAUAGUAGUUGAUCCUGCCAUGUAUAAUGUUUUUGCCCAAGGUGGAGACGGAAGGUUUGAAGAUCAUAAACAAAAACCUGAUGUCAUAGUGGAAACAUCGUUAGCUUCGAGUGAAAGAAAGAAGGAAAAUGAAAAGGAGAUCGACAAAAAGAUGACGCCGUUUUUGGUUGCGGCAAAAUAUGGAAUAGUUGAAGUAGUGAAAGAAAUUCUAAUCAAAAUACCAAGCGCGAUUCAUAACACGAACUCUAUGAAAGAAAAUGUAUUGCUUGUUGCAGUGAAGUAUCGGCAACCCCUUAUCGUUGAGACACUGAGAGAGAUUAAUCACUCCAAACCAGAACUAUGGAAUAACUUGAUUCUUGCAAUGGAUGAAGAUGAGAACACAGUAUUGCAUUUGGCAGCUAAGGCACUAGGUGGUGAUAAGCCAUGGCAGAUUGCUGGUUCCGCAUUGCAGAUGAUGUGGGAUAUAAAAUGGUUUCAGUAUGUCAAAAGCCUUGUACCGCCGCACUUCUAUUUCAGAAGCAACAACGAAGGCAAAACAUCGGGAGAAAUCUUCAAGACAUCGCACGCGGAUCUUAUAAAAGACAGCAGCGAAUGGCUAAAAGACACGUCUGAAUCAUGCUCGGUCGUAGCUGCACUUGUAGCUGGUGUUUCCUUUGCCACAGCAAGCGCUGUACCUGGCGGAACAACAGAUGAAGGUAGGCCGAUAUUAGAAGGCAAGCCUGCAUUUGAUGUCUUCGCCAUUUCUUCACUUAUCGGUCUUUGUUUCUCUGUCACUGGACUCAUCAUGUUUCUUUCUAUUCUCACUUCGCGAAAACAGGCCAAGGAUUUUCGUCGCGAUUUGCCAUCGAAACUUCUUAUUGGGUUGAGUUCUCUUUUUGUGUCCAUUGCUUCUAUGUUUGUUUCGUUCUGCACUGGACAUUUUUUUCUGCUUAGCCAUAACUUUAAAUCGAUUUUGUUCCCAAUUUACGCAGCUACUUGUUUACCUGUGACUUUCUAUGCUGUUGCACAGUUUCCUCUUUAUUUUGAUCUUUUGACAGCUAUUUUAACUAAGGUGCCAAUGGCAACUGAUAAAGGUGAUGGUUUAUAA